AUGACCGCCGGAUCCGACUCUAAGCUGCUGCUGUACACCGCCAAGGUGUGUCCCUACGCCGCGCGCGCCGAGCUGGCGCUCGAGCUCGCCGGGCUGGACUACGACGUGUUCGAGGUGGACCUGAUGAACAAGCCCAGCUGGUACGCCGACAAGAUCAACGCCGCCAGCAAAGUUCCCGUACUGGUCUCCACGCGCGACAAUGUCGAAUUCAAACUCCCCGAAUCGCUCGUGAUCGUCGAGUACAUCCACGAUCUCUCGGGGCGCAUCUUUGCCUCGGACGAUGCGCAGCACCGCGCCGUGUCGCGCUACGUUGUGCAGCGGUACGAGCAGCUUGUGCAGCCGCACUACUACGCUGCCGCCAUCAACUCGAAGCCCGAGUCGGUGGGCGCAAUGCUCGAGGGCCUCAAGCAGUUCAGUGCGCUGCUCGGCUCGUUCGACCCGGCGACUCGCAGCGGCGCGUUCAUCCAGGGCGAAACACGCUUCGCCUACGCCGACCUUGGCGUUGCACCGUUCGUGGCGCGCAUUCUGUCGGUGAGCCGGGAGGGCUUGCUGCCCAAGACGGAUGCACCGGCCGUGCACGAGGCCUUCGCGUCCGACCCGGCCCUCGCCAGGCUCAACGAGUGGUGGAGCGCAGUGCAGUCCGAAGCGGCGUGGAACAAGGUGUGGGACGAACCCAAGUACCUCGCCCCGUUCAAGCAACGUCUGGCCAGUCUGAACAAGUAG